CAUGGAUCUUCCGCAUCGAAUUAUCGGAAACUUGAUGUAGGAUCAUCCUGACGUCGCAGUAGCAGCACGACUCAGCUGUUUGCCUGUCAUUACUGUUUUCGUUCUUCAAUAUCGUCUCAGUCGGACGAGCUGGUUACGUCGAUUAUCAAAGUCCCUGCCUUGACAAGAUCAAAUCCUGUUUAGUUGGGCGCUGCAAAGUAGAGAGAGAGCUUCACGUUCGGCUGCGUCGCGUAAGCUUCGCAUCGGGAACGGAUUCAGUUUCGGUUUAUGUGUGUGAACAGUGGUCGUGGAGAAAUUCUAUGAAUAUAAAAAUAAAUCCCGGGGUCAGAUGAAGAAGUAGAGCUACACUAGAGCAACAACAUGACUACACCAGGGCGAAAGCAGGAUGAAGCGGCAGAUUACAACACUCCGCAAGAACAAAUGGCGUUCUUGCAACCGGUUUGCGACGCUUGGGCCGACCUGUAUUGCCGCGUAUCCAACGAAAUCGGGCAGGAAGAAAGCCUCGACACGAAGAAGGAAACACUGCAUUUGAAGCUGUUUCCGCUUCUCACAGCUGACGUUGACAUGUUCGGCAUGGUAGGGAAAGAGAAAACGGUGAUUCCGACCGUUGAGAAGUUUUUUCUGGAAUCGUACGCCAAAAACCUCUACUGGGACUACAAGGUCGUUGACAGGAAAGAUUGGCCCGAAGAGGCUUUCGCCUUUGCGUCGGAACAAAAGGAACCACAGCUGGCAGACGCUCAUUGGGCGGCAACAGGACCUGUUGACAACAACAGCUUGUCGUGUCCGCUUAUUGCAGUCUUUCAAUUUUCGCGCUACUGGGACGAUAGCGUGGAGGGCAAAAGGAAAGUAGCGCACAACGGAAUAGAACUGAUAGAGUUGGAAGUACGAGACAAAAGCAGUAGUACUCAACAGGAGCUUCUUAAUAAUGCCUUGGUCAAGGAAAGCGAAAGUAGAACGCCUCCGAGUGAUGACUUUCUAUCGGCGAGACUUGUGGCCAAACGCUUCGCUUACUUGCGAAAACCAGACCCGCCAGAGCCUGCAACUGAACUGAAGGGAUGAAACACAAUUCUUGACAAAGCAGAUUCUCAUUAUUGUGAAGGUUGCGCAUGUUCUCGCUGGCGAAUUUACCUCGCAAAGCAAGAGGAGACGUCCCCGGAGGUGCAACCGAGCAUGAUCUUCUUGGUCACCCGGCCGAAAAAUUGGCAGAGAUCGGAAAGAACCUG